UUCUCUGUCUCUUUCUCUCUCUCUCUGACUACACUUAUACAAUGGAGAAUUUUACACAUGUCUCAGAGUUUGUUUUGCUUGGAUUCAGAGGUGGUCCGGGAACGCAGACUCUGCUAUUUCUGACCUUUUUGAUCCUAUAUGUUAUAGCCUUGGUGGGGAACUUUGGCAUGAUUGUAAUUAUCAGAGCUGACGCACACCUCCACAUCCCAAUGUACAACUUCCUACAAAGCCUUUCCUUGUUGGAUAUCUGUUAUUCUUCCACAAUUACACCUAGGGCUCUGGUGAACUGCUUGAAAGAGGACCGUACGGUUUCUUUUGGUGGGUGUGCUGCUCAGUUCUUCUUCCUGUCUCUUUUUGGUACCACAGAGGCAUUCCUUCUGGCUGCCAUGGCAUAUGACCGCUUCAUUGCCAUCUGUAACCCGCUUCUGUACUCUGUGAGCAUGUCUCACCAGGUCUGUGUACUGUUAGUGUCAGGGUCCUACCUGUGGGGUGUAGUGAAUGCCAUCACUCAAACAACAGUGACAUUCAGGCUGCCUUUCUGUGGGUCUAAUGAGAUCAAUGACUUUUUCUGUGAUGUCCCUCCACUCUUGUCCCUCUCAUGUUCAGAUACCUUUAUAAAUCAAUUGGUCCUUCUUGGUUUGUGUGGCUCCAUUAUUGUCAGCACAUUCUUAAUUAUUUUGGUCUCAUACAUCUACAUCAUCUCAACCAUCCUGAGGAUCCGUACAGUGCAGGGACGCCAGAAAGCUUUCUCCACAUGCGCCUCCCACCUAACUGGGGUGUGCUUAUUUUUUGGUACUGUUUUCUUCAUGUAUGCACAACCCAGUGCCAUCUUCUCCAUGGAGCAAAGCAAGGUAGUGUCCAUCUUUUACACUAUUGUUAUCCCUAUGUUGAAUCCCCUGAUAUACAGCCUGAGGAACAAAGAUGUAAAGCAAGCUCUGAGAAGAAGCAAACAGAAGCUGUCUUUGUGA